AUGGUGUUGGAGAUGGAGAUCAAGGAUUUAAUAGUAUUCAAUGAUUUCGAUCUGCUCGUGCAUCAAACGCUCAAAGAAUGGAUAACUCCAGAUUCAAAGAUUUUGCCAUAUCAUUGCAAUUUACUGGAUUUGACAAAUAAAUUCAGAAGUUUGGAGUUCAGGUAUAUUUCACGUGCUCGAAAUAUUUUUGUUGGUGUUUUGGCCACUUUAUCUUCAAUGAUUCAACAUCCAGAUGAGUUGUACAGUGAUAUUAAGAAAUUUCUCAAAACUGGGUCCUAUCCUCCAGGUGCUGAUACGACUGCUAAAAAUUUCUUGCGCAAAUUAUCAUCCAAGUUUUUCUUAAAUGCAGAGAUGGUAUACAAAAGAACAUCAGACUUGGGCCUUCUAAGAUGCGUUGAUGAAGAUGAAGCAGAUUAUUUGAUGAAAGAAGUGCACAGUGGUAUUUUGUCAGAAAGUGCAUUAAAUGUCAAUUGCAUGGAGAUGUUAUGCACACUCCUCCCACAGAACUACAUAGUAUGA